ACUACGUCAGAGGGAGGCGACGAAGAUCCAUAAUGCGCAAGCGCACAUUAAGGAGUCCUUGGACGCACUGUAGGUUACGCCAUAAAGAUCGGCACAGACAGGAAAAAUGCAGAGUUGGAACUGGUUAUAUCGUACUCUAGCAAAGCGGGGUCAUCAGCUGCCAUCCAAACUCCAUGGAGCUGCAGUGUUAUCAGUCAGAACCUAUGCUGACAAAGCACAAAUCGAGGCCGAUGUCACGGUGGUGGGAUCGGGGCCUGGAGGAUACGUCGCUGCCAUCAAAGCGGCCCAGCUUGGGUUCAAGACAGUAUGUGUGGAGAAGAAUGACACUCUCGGAGGAACCUGCUUGAACGUUGGCUGUAUUCCCUCAAAGGCUUUGCUGAACAACUCCUAUCUGUAUCACUUGGCACAUGGGAAGGACUUUCAGAGCAGGGGCAUUGAAAUCUCAGGCCUCACGCUGAAUCUUGAGAAGAUGAUGUCACAGAAGAGUGGGGCAGUCAAAGCGCUGACGGGGGGCAUCGCCCACCUGUUCAAACAGAACAAGGUGACACACGUGAAUGGUUUUGGGGCAAUUACAGGCAAGAAUGAGGUCACGGCAACGGCCAGCGACGGCAGCCAGCAGGUCAUCAACACCAAGAACAUCCUGAUCGCUACCGGGUCAGAGGUCACACCCUUCCCUGGAAUUGAGAUAGACGAGGACACCGUGGUCUCCUCUACCGGGGCGCUUUCCCUGAAGAGUGUUCCAGAACAGCUGAUUGUGAUCGGUGCUGGAGUCAUUGGUGUGGAGCUAGGCUCUGUGUGGCAGCGCCUGGGCUCUAAGGUCACCGCAGUGGAGUUCCUGGGUCACGUCGGGGGGAUGGGCAUCGACAUGGAGAUCUCCAAGAACUUCCAGCGCAUCCUGCAGAAGCAGGGCAUGAAGUUCAAACUGGGCACCAAAGUUAUGGGCGCCACCAAGACAGCGGAUGGAAAAAUCAACGUGGCCGUGGAGGCCGCGGCCGGGGGGAAGAACGAGACGCUGGUGUGCGACGUGCUGCUGGUCUGCAUCGGCCGACGCCCCUUCACCGGGAACCUGGGCCUGGAGGCGGUGGGCAUCGAGCUGGACAACAGGGGCAGAAUCCCCGUCAACAACCGCUUCCAAACCAAAGUGCCCAGCAUCUACGCCAUCGGCGACGUGGUGGCGGGGCCCAUGCUGGCGCACAAGGCGGAGGACGAGGGCAUCAUCUGCGUGGAGGGCAUGGCGGGCGGAGCCGUGCACAUCGACUACAACUGCGUGCCCUCCGUCAUCUACACCCACCCCGAGGUGGCAUGGGUGGGCAAGAACGAGGAGCAGAUCAAGGAGGAGGGCGUUCCGUACAAAGUCGGCAAAUUCCCGUUCGCGGCCAACAGCCGGGCGAAGACCAACGCAGACACGGACGGGCUGGUGAAGAUCCUGAGUCACAAGGAGACUGACCGGAUGCUGGGGGCUCACAUCCUGGGAUCCGGCGCGGGAGAGAUGAUCAACGAGGCUGCGCUGGCCAUGGAGUACGGAGCGUCGUGCGAGGACAUCGCCCGAGUGUGCCACGCCCACCCGACUGUAUCGGAAGCCUUCCGAGAAGCCAACCUAGCGGCCUCGUUUGGAAAAGCGAUUAACUUCUAAAGCUGCGUCAGCCUGUGUACAUACAUAUAUAUCCUGAAGUCUGAACUGUACACACGCACAUUCGUGGGGAACAGGCCCUGUGGGUGGACGGUGCGCGCACAUACACCGAGCACCCCUCUGUCCUGCACCGAAACUAGUUAUGUUAUUUAAAUGCUCUCGGUAAAAAAAAGGGGUUUGGGCCCUGAAUCCAGGACUGAGGAUCAGCCUUCCUUUCUCACGCGGGAGGGGGAGGCCUAAGGCCACAGUGCGCUUGUGUGGCCCCACAGCGCAGCACUUUCCAGUUCAUUUACCCAAGACUUGUCGUCAAUUGAUCCGUGUACAAAAUUCUUAAUCCCCAAGCGUUUGAUGGGAGCUACGCUUUCACUGUUCAUAGUUUCACUGUUUUAAGAAACGACUUUAAAAUGUUCAAAUGUGUGUGUACUUCCCGCUGACAUUAGAGAGGACUUUGAAGUCGCAGCUGAGAUGGGCUCAAGGACCCAUCCCUUUUCUCUGGGUGAGAGAUGGAGAUGACUGAUGCUAAAAGGCUUUGGCCUUUAAACACCAGGCUUGUAUGUACGACUGUAAAACACAAUAUUCAAACUGGGUUUUUGGGUUAUUAGGUGCAUGGUUUACAAAUCGUGCAGACAGAACUACAGAAAUAAAAACUACAAAGCGUGA